CAAAAGAUGCGCGUUACCACCAAAACCACCGGUAUCGUUCUGUUAUCCGCUUUGAGUGCGUACGCCAAAGUGGGGACUCCUUUGGAGAUCGGUCAAGCCGGGUUAGCAUACCUUUCACCCAAUUGUCAACAAACGGUGUUGCAACUUGCACGCAAUUCCAGUUUAUCACAAUGCCUACAACUGGACGCUCUUUUACCUGUCCUCACUACAAACUCUUCCAUCCUCCCCACUCUUGACAACUAUCUCUCCACACUUUGUUCCUCUUCUCCAUGUUCCAACUCCACCCUUUCGAAUGCGACUUCCACUCUUCUGUCCGGUUGCUCCACAGACCUCGCUUCGGCGAAGAUAGACAAUUCCACCGUUUAUUCCAUAGUCUCUCUAUAUCCUCUAGCCCGUGAAAUCGUUUGUCUCAAAACUUCCAACCCUUACAACGUUUCAACCACCAGCAACACUACCAACAGCACCAGCACCAACACCACCGUACCAUCAUCUUCAUACAACACAACCAAUUCUUCCUCAUGGUCCAACACAACUUCAUACAACACUACCAACGGUACAUUCUGUUUAACUUCUCUCGCCACUGAAUUCUCGACUUAUCUCGAUGCAAACCUUACAAACUAUUAUAUCGAUACUUUCGCUCUUGGUGGAAACGGUACAGCUUUACAACUUUUAGAGAAAAUCCCACCUACGGCAAUAUGCGAUUCAUGUGUUUUCGCAGCAUUCGAUCUUAUCAGUCAAAGUGUUCCUCAAGUUAAUAAUUACACAAUCAAGAAUUACACCGUUGCUCAAUACCUUAAUCAAACUUGUUCCGCAGAAGGUUUCAACGUUACGAUAAAUGGAACUCUUCCUACAAACAUUACAGAAGUAGCAGUGAAUAGUACUUAUCCUUAUACUGUUAAAGUGGGAAAUACGACUUUGACUCCUUUCAAUACUUCUUUACCGACGGCUUCAGUCAAUGUUAGUGUUAGUUUGCCUACGUCUUUGACUAGCGUUUUCACUGCGGUUGGAUCGGGUGCUACACCUAGUGGGUCUGCAGAGAAGAGAGAUGUAGUGGGCUUGAAGGAAAGAUGGGUAGGGGCUAAAAAUAUGAAUUGAGGAAAGGGAAGAAGGUACAGAGGACAUUGUUUAUAUACACGAAGAUCUAUGUAGCCAUAUUGAAUCAAUGUUUCACAGAGAAAUUGGAAGAAAAUGCAUACAAAUUGAUCAGG